UUGGACUUUUUUUGCAAAAUACAUGAUUAUUUCGGAACGAACUUACCAAAUGCUCCAAAGUCGAAACAGACACCUAUGCGAAGACGUGAGGAGCUUCAGCCGCUUACUUGCGGUUUUGCACAACACACCGACUCGCAUCGGUUCUCCGAUUUCUGAACGGGAGCACACUAUCAAGUUCCUCCCCCGACUCUGUACCCUCAUUCUCUGAGUGUAACAGUCGCGCACAUUUAUCAUCCUAAUAUCGGUGGAUUUGCGGCGCAUUCCCACUUCUAAGGGGUUUCUGGGUUGUUCUAAUUUUCUGCACGGGUGUUCGAGGUUUUGCUGAAAGCCUGAAACAUUCCCUUAAAUCAUGGCCUAUGCGUUUGUUUCUGCAUGAACGAUAUCUCAGAACAUACUCACAUGCUCACCUUGCGGCCAGUUCGUAGAUUUUGUCAUGCUGCUACUGUGCUUGCAUCAACGGAUAUUUAUGCCUCUGCUGUUGUUGCGUCGAAUGAGACUCCUGAUACUCCAUCAAAUCAAAUUCGCAAUCUAAAACCCUUAGAUAAGCCUGCACUAGAAAAGCUUAAAGCUGAGCGAGACCCUGAAAAGCUAUUCAACCUUUUCAAGGCCAAUGCACAUAAUAAACUUGUCAUUGAGAAUCGUUUUGCCUUUGAAGACACUAUUUCUAGGUUAGCUGGGGCACAUAGGUUUGAUUAUAUUGAACAGUUGCUUGAGCACCAAAAGACUCUUCCACAAGGUAGGCGUGAGGGGUUCAUCGUGAGGAUAAUAAUGUUGUAUGGGAAGGCUGGAAUGAUUGAAAAUGCAAUGCAGACCUUUUAUGAUAUGCAUUUGUAUGGUUGUAGAAGGACUGUGAAAUCGUUCAAUGCCACACUUAUGGUUUUGGCACAGACUCGUGAUUUAGUAGCAAUUGAGGCAUUCCUCAGCAAAGUCCCAGAGAGGUUUGGCAUUGAGGUGGAUAUAUUUUCAGUUAACAUUGUCAUUAAGGCUUUAUGUGAUAUGGGUAUCUUGGAUAAGGCAUAUUUGUUCAUGGUGGUGAUGGAAAAGGCGGGUAUAAGACCAGAUGUUUUUACGUACACGACACUUUUAUCAGCAUUUUACAAAAUUAAUCGGGGUGAAAUUGGUGAUGGAAUUUGGAAUCUUAUGGUGCUGAAAAGAUGUUUCCCCAAUCUUGCUACAUUCAAUGUUAGAAUACAGUAUCUAGUUAAUGGUAGGCGAGCUUGGCAAGCUAAUGAUGUGAUGGCUUUGAUGCAGAGUAUUGGAAUAAAGCCUGAUGAGGUCACUUAUAAUUUGGUCAUUAAAGGAUUUUGCCAGGCAGGGUAUCUCGAGAUGGCCAAAAGAGUUUAUUCUGCUUUGCAUGGCAAUGGAUACAAACCCAAUGUUAAAAUCUACCAGACCAUGAUUCAUUAUCUCUUAAAGGGAGGGAAGUUUGAUUUGGCAUACACUAUGUGUAAAGACUGCAUGAACAGGAAUUGGUUUCCAAAUGUGGAUACAAUUUAUACACUGCUUGAUGGCCUUAAAAAGAGUAAGCAGGUUGAUAAGGCCAUUUUUAUUAUGAGAUUGGCUCGGAGAAGGGUACCUCCUUUUUCUCCGAAACAGUUGGGCCGCUUACAAUCGAUAUUGUCCGAUAGUUGAGUGAAGAUCAUAUAUCAGGUACAUGGAUCAUAUUGAUUAACAUUACAGAUCAUAUCAAAGAGAAGUUGUCAUUCUUUGUACAUAAGUCAGUACAGAUCUGUAAAACCAAUGGGGCAAGUGUUUUAAGUGGCCAGAGGCGGAACCAAGGGGGGACAUCAUCAUUUCUUUGGUUAAUUUUGUGCUGCCACAAUGAAGAUCGUGAUGAAUGAAACUUCUAUGAUCAAAAUAUUCUUGUAACUUUCUCCAGUGGUGAAGAUUUCCCUGUCAAUGAGAAGGAAAAACCCCUGUCAUUAUAUAUCAUUAGAUGCUACCAUUGUUAAUAUUAUAGGUGUCCUAGCCAAGCAAUAUGUGUGGGUGUUUUGAGAGAGAGAGAAGGGUGGUGGCCUGGUGGGCGUUGUAUUCAUGUUACUAUUUUCAGGAGUGUCUUUUUGGGAAACAAAAUCUUCUCCUCUGUGAAGAAAGAAGUUCCAAGUCACCAUCUGCUCCGAAAGUGAAAAUUCAGUGGAAAGGCUAUCCCGCUGGAAAUUGCCUUCUUCACAGGGUGUUUCGUAUCAAAAGGAUAGUGACCCUAAUUUGGUAUUCUUGCAACAAUACCAUAUGCAUCUUACGUCAAUCCUGAAUACGCGGCUCAAGUGUAGUUCGAUCAGCAUACAGUUUGAGUGUUCAUCAACUUUGAGCCUUAUUGAGCAGUAACUUUCUAGUCAGUGAAUUGACUCUUAAGAAGCGUUGCUGGAUUCUUUUUGGGUAUUUGUCAUGAAAGUUACAUGAUUACACGUACUUUCAAGAACAGAUAUAGCACCAUAAGUUACCACUCAA